GAAAGAAUAACUUUCAGGGGCAGACUUACGUGGUCCAAUAUCCAAGGUAUCAACUUGACGUGUGAUCUUUGGCAAUCUAAGCGAACCGUGUAGAGAUUGGCCUCGAUUCGUAUACACAUAAAAACGCUCAAGUUAACGCAUGCUAGUUUCUUUCGCGAAACCGACGGAGAUUUUCCAGUAGAGAAGAAGACCUACCGAAUCUCAGUACCAAUGUUGCAGAGUCAGCGUUCUAGACGACGUUGCGAGGGCACGGCCAUGGGCGCCAUCGUUCUCGAUCUCCGGCCCGGUCAAGGCAUCGGACCUUUUUCUCUCGGGAUGCCGAUAUGCGAGGCAUUUGCUCAAAUAGAACAGCAGCCCAACAUUUACGACGUGGUUCAUGUGAAGUAUUUUGACGAGGAGCCACUUAAGCUUGAUAUUGUUAUUAGCUUCCCAGAUCACGGUUUUCACCUACGUUUUGAUCCUUGGUCUCAGAGAUUACGCCUUAUUGAAAUUUUUGAUAUCAAACGGCUUCAAAUGCGCUACGCGACUUCUUUGAUUGGGGGUCCAUCAACUCUUGCUACUUUUGUAGCUGUAUAUGCGCUUUUUGGACCAACUUUUCCUGGAAUUUAUGACAAAGACAGAAGUGUUUAUACACUGUUCUACCCAGGGUUGUCCUUUGCUUUUCCCAUUCCCAGCCAGUAUGCAGAUUGCUGCCAUGACAGAGAAGCCGAGUUGCCGUUAGAGUUUCCAGAUGGCACUACACCAGUUACUUGUCGUGUGUCUAUAUAUGACAGUUCUCCAGACAAGAAAGUUGGUGUUGGAUCAGUAAUGGAUAAGGCUAUUGCUCCUCCAAUGCCUCCUGGAAGCCUGUACAUGGAAGAGGUGCAUGCUAAGCUUGGGGAGGGGUUAUGCUUUACUGUUGGGGGCCAGCAUAUUCCUUUUGGUGCAUCACCACAGGAUGUGUGGACUGAACUAGGCCGCCCUUGUGGAAUCCAUCAAAAGCAGGUAGACCAAAUGGUGAUUCACUCAGCCUCAGACCCUAGGCCACGGACAACGCUCUGUGGCGAUUACUUCUACAACUACUUUACUCGUGGUUUGGACAUUUUAUUUGAUGGCCAGACCCAUAGAAUUAGAAAGUUUGUUCUACAUACAAACUAUCCUGGUCAUGCUGAUUUCAAUUCAUAUGUGAAGUGCAAUUUUAUUGUCCUUGGUUCCGAAUUUGAGGGUACAGACGCACAUAGCUAUAAGAACAAGAUUACUCCCAGCACUAAAUGGGAGCAGGUGAAGGAGAUCCUUGGAGAUUGUGGUAGAGCAGCUAUACAGACACAAGGGUCAACUAACAAUCCUUUCGGAUCCACUUUUGUGUAUGGCUAUCAAAAUAUUGCAUUUGAGGUGAUGAAGAAUGGCUAUAUUGCAACUGUAACUCUUUUUCAAUCAUGAUAAAUAUUACUUCCCCCGGUAUGCUUCUCCUGCGUAACCCCAUUUACUAGUAGUGCUGUGUGUGCUGUGCUAUUUUAGACUUCUACUUGUCCAACUACUAGCACUAGAGCCUUGAAUUUAGGCUUUCUAAAUUGCUGUCGGUCAAUAUGGUUGAUGAUUUGAUUUUUCUUUAGGUUUGUCCCAUCUGGUUGAUGUCAAUUCACAAUAAAAGGGCGGUGCAUUUGUAUGGUCGUGUCUAAACCCAAAUAAGUCAAAUUAGGGGAAAAAGUGUCACCAUUGUACAGCUAUGUGUAUUAAUUUGUACAGUUAUUCUUAAUUGUAAUUACUACGUGGCUUCUUUAGUUUACUUUUAUAGAAUUGAAACAAUGUACUUUGUUCUCAAGUUGUUUUUUUUUUUUUUAAGCUUUAAGACUACUUUGUCCAUUCCUGCAA